AUGACAAAAAUUAGGAAGCUCAAAGAUCAACAUUCACAUUUAAUCUACUUACAAUUACGUUUUCAAUCAGUAUCAAUCAUUUUCUUACCAAAUUUUAAUGAAAAAUCAAAUAAUACCUUCCAUAGAUAUCAAAAAAUUGGAGAAAGGAUUAGUGAAAAAGUAUAA